AUGAUGCCACAACAACAAAUCCUCGGUCAUCAACAACAACAACCAUCAAUGAAUAUGAUGAACAACAUGAUGGCACCAAUGAAUCCACAGAUGAUCAAUCCACAACCAAUCCACAAUAUGAAUAUCGGCAUGAAUCCAAUGGUCAUGCCCAACAUUAUGGCACCAGUCACUCAGGUCACCCAGAUGAGCAGCAGCAGUAGCCAUCAUCAAUCAACUCAGAUAACCUCUUCGGCAGCGCCACCAGGCAUGGUUCAACCACUACCCGCCCGUAUUCCAAACUCAAUACCCCAUACCAAUCUUGUAUUCAAUAGCGAGCCUCUGGCCAAUGGAUCACCCUCAUCUUCAUUGCUCCUACAACAGAAGCUGCCACCAGUCAGUGGCUCAACUCAAUCCCCCACCUCCUCGGGCAGUCAUACUGGCCUUACCAACAGCCUUCCCUCAAAGGCAACCUCCAACAAUUUGCCAUCGGGCACAGGAAGCAUGGGUUCAAAGUCUGAGCUGAUCAUUCCACCAAUUCCACAACACUUGCAAAAUGGAAACUCCUUUGCCAACCCAAACAAACAUGGAACAAACGUGAUACUCAACUCUCUGAUUAUGGGUCCACCUGCUUCUUCGACAACUCCAUACACAAUGCAGCAGAACACAUCCUUUACAUCAUCCAGUGUCCAACAGCAGUCCAGCAGCACCACCCAACAUCAACCCAACCAAAUGUUUGCAUUUGAGCAAUUGACUUUCCCUCAGCAAAUACCAACUAUUGAUCAAGUCCAGCCCUUGCAGUCCAAACCAACAUUUAAUUCAUACGAUGAUGUCAAGAAGAAUAUCGAUAGAUACCAGGCAAUUGAGCAACUCCAACAGGCAACCAACAUUGGCAGCGAUUCAUCCGAACCAUUCUCUGAGGAAGAGUACAAGAAAAAGGUUGAGGAGAGGAUCAGGAAAGAAGUAGAGGAGAAGCUACGCAAAGAGUAUGAAGAAAGAACAGCAGCAGAGAAGAAGGCAAGAGCAACCAAUCCAUCCCUCUUGACCCCAAGCCACACAACUACCACAUCGAACAACAUGAGCUCAGCCAGUAGUACGACAACAACAACGUCACCAUUGGCCGAUAGCGCCUUCCCCCAAGAUUUGUUCUCAGACAUGAUAACAACCUCAUCGACAUCCACCUCUUCUUCCUCCUCCUCUACAUCAACCUCCACAACAACAACAAUGAAUCAUCAAGGCAACAGCAUGUCACCAAAGCUCCGUCCACCUGCAACCAACAACUUUGAGAAGGACCGUAUCAAGAAGGAGUUGGAGGCCAUUCACAAGGAGGCGCCAAAAAAGGCUGCCGCCGCUGCUGCCCAAAAAGCAAGGUCAAUGUCCCCACCAACGACGACAACGACAUCAACAACGCUCACCGACUUUGCCUGUCCCAUAUGCCAACAAAAGUUCCCCAACGAAAGGGUUCUUGGCAUACACGUUGACGAUUGGCAUUCCAGCUCCUCGGUGUUGCUUGGAAAGGACGAGCCAACCAAGUCCCAGUCGGUACUUUCUUUUGAUGAACCAAAGGCAAAGAUUGACACAAAGCCAAGAGCCAAGUCGGUUUCAACCUCCACUCCUGUGACCAAAGACAGGAAAUCAAGAUCAUUUGACUCGGACGAACGAAGGAGAGCAGGAAUCAAGACCACAACUACUACUACGACCACCACGAGCUCCUCUUCAUUGACUUCCUCGACAUCAUCAACCGCCACACUCAAGAACAAGGCCAAGCUGGCGGCAGACCUAGCAGACCUAUCAUUUGAGUCGGUCAUUGUCAAACCUCGCCGUGUGCUCACAAAGGAGGAGGCUGCUGUCAUUUUGCAGUCCAACUUCCGUCGAUGGAAAGCCAGAAAGGAGUACAAACGAGAGCAACUACGUACAAAGGCCGUCCGUGAACUGAUCACCACCGAGUGCACCUACGUGGAAGGUUUGGAUAAGAUCAUCGAGAACUUUGCCUUCCCCCUUCGUGGCCUAUGCAAGGCAGACGCUGCUCUCAUAUCUGCAGAGGAAGUUGAUCUCCUCUUUGGCAAGCACGAGAUCAUCUACAACAUCAACAGAGACAUGUAUAAACGACUGAGCGACAGAGUUAGGAACUGGAACACCUCAAUGAAGAUUGGCGAUAUUUUAGUUGAGUUUGUUACAAAGAACCAGUUCAAAGCGAUAUAUAACAACUUCACAUUGUCUUACAACAACAUUUUGACAUCUAUUGAAAGGCAUAACAACACAAAGAGCUCUUUCAAGGCAUUUAUAAAGAACUCUGAGAAGUCACUUUGGGAGAUCAUCAAGAAUACCAAACCAUCUCAUCCAGACUAUGACAACCUGUGUAUCUCUUUGUUUGAGGUACAAGACAUCUGCACCGACGUCAAUGAGAACCAGCGCAGAGAGGAGAACGAGAAGAUCAGGGUGCAGACACUCACCAACAUUUCAAACCGAAUCGAGUCCAAACCCAAGGACUUCCAGCUGCACUCGGAUACCAGGUGUCUUGUGCGCGAGGGACACAUCUCACAGUACUCACAGGACCAAGAAAAGGUCAAGGAGAGGAUCUACUACCUUUUCAACGAUAUGUUGCUCAUCACCAAAGAGAGCAGCAAGAAGAAGCUUCAGCUCAAGAGUACCAUCCCACUGGGUAAUUCGCGAAUCAGGAACAUCGCAGACGGACAGAAAUGCUAUGGAACAGUGUCAAAGUAUUCGUUUGAGUUAUGUGGACAUGGAGAUCAGAUCAUGAUGUUCUUUUGUGAUACACCAGAGCACAAAGAAUCGCUGCUGAAGGAACUAGAGAUAGUUAUACACGGUAUCAAACAAUAG